AUGACUACCAACAAUACUAAAACGCCAACACAUGCAUCAAAUGUCUACUUAUUCAAGAAUGGUUAUGGAAUGAUUGUUAAAACAUUUGAAUUUCCUCCAACUGAAGGAAAUCAUAGCAAAUCUAUAGAACUUCUGGAUCCACCAUCGAAUCCUGUACACGGAACAUUUUGGAUACAAUCAUUAUCAAAUAAUACUUCAAUCAGUGCUAUACGUACAAAAAAGACACAUACAUUUGUUGAUAAAGAUUGUUGUUCUGUAGAAGAUUUACUUAAAGUCAAUAUUGGACAAGACAUUCAAUUACUUGUUAGAAACGAUGGAUCCAAAAGCACGGAAUGGAUAUCUGGUAAAAUAAAAUCUGUAAAACAAAAUCAAUUGAUAUCCGAUGAUGAAGAUAAUGAUACAGAAGUUGUUCAAGGAAGAGGUAUUGGAGAAGGGCAUGCUACUCAAAUCUCGGCCAGUCCAUUAACGACUUCCAGUUCGUUGCCUUGCAUUCAACAAAGCAAUUUUAUCUUACUUGAAACGACGGACAAUGAUCUAAUGGCAUUACCUAAAUCAUCUAUCCAAUCGAUCAGAGGUGCUUCACUUACGACAACGUAUCAACGUAAAGUCUUCAAAAAUUGCCUAUCGAUUGAUUAUAAAAAUCAAUCAGAAUCUAGUGAUGCAGGUUUAAUGAAAUAUCUGACAUAUGGUAUUACAUGGGCACCUUCAUACAAUUUGAUACUUUUAUCAUCACAGGAUCCUUCCCUAAAAAGACUCCGUCUGUCGUCGAAAGCUGUUAUUUUAAAUGAUAUUGAAAAUAUGAAUGUUGAUAAUUUAUUCUGUAUUGUUGGAUUUCCAAAUGUAUCAAAGUUCGCUUCGGUUACUGAUCCUAUUAUUAGUGGAGACGAUGUGAAAACUUUUCUCGAACGACUACAACAAUGUGAGAUUGAAAGUGCACGACCAAAUUAUAAUAGUUUUGCAAAUGUCGCGUCGAAUUCUGUUAGGAUGCAACAAAUGGUUAUGCCAAUGUCAUCAAGUACUAGUCAAGUACCUGACGAUAGCCAACAAGAUACACAUGUUGAUGAUCUUCAUUUAUAUGAAUUUAAAAAUAUUUUAUUACAAAAGAAAGAACGUCUUAUGUUACCUAUUUUCGAUAUUGAAAUACCUUAUAGAGAUGUUUAUCAUUGUAAAAUCGGUACAGCAAAAUCAACAAACGACUAUUACGGAUACGAGAACAAAAAUGAUUUCGAAGAAGUUUGGCAUAGUGUUGAAUUUGAUAAUGUAUCCGAUUUUGUUUGGACAACAGCACCCAUCGUCAUUACGAAAGGUCAAUUAGAACAACAAUUUAUUGGUCAAGAUAAAUUAACAUAUACAUUAAAAGGAUCAACAACUUUUGUUAAUUUAACCAAAGCUCUCGAUGUUCGAAUACAAUUAGAUGAAAAAGUGUCGAGUGCAAAUUCAUCACGAUUCGUUCUUUCUCGUGUCAAUUAUCAAACGGAUCAGAUCGAAGGGAAAAUACUAGUAAUGAAUUACAAAUCGGAAGAAGUAGUAGUAGUGAUCAAUACGAUACUUGUGGGUAAAAUGAGCAACUAUUCAAUUGCACCAAAAAAAGAUGCAGUAAAGACUGAUGGAGAUGUGGCCAAUCAACGACAUGAUAUACGAUGGGAAAUUACUGUUAAACCGAAACAAACACUAGAGAUUAAAUAUGUUAGAUCAUUUAACAAACGAAUAUAA